AUGCUGGUGAGCGAGAAUGAGUGGCUCGGGUGCGCGAGGAAGAGCGAGAGCAGGAGACCCCCUGCGCCACGCUUGCUGGAGAUGCUGCUGAGGUGGCCAGCAGUGAGACGGCCAAGGGAGCCCUCUGCUGGUCCUUAUGAUUCGAGGAUCGAAGGAGGGCAAACGGAAAGGGAUGGACAACAAGGAGACCUCGAAAAGCUCCGCUCGCAAAAAAAGAGAGAUAGAGAGAGAGCUACUGUGAUCGAAUCCGCUGAAAGGAGAGAUUCGAAUCGGCGGAAGUGGAAGAGAAAGAAAUCGACGAGGGGAAUAUCUCCUUGGAAUUCAAAGAGAGUGUUGUCCAGUCCAACAGGGGAGGGGGGAAACAGGCUUUUUCGGUUGGGUUUUGACAAUGGAUUGCACUGGCCGGCCUGGCAGUUAUAUUUUAUAAUUCUAAAUAAUGAGCACGGGCGGAUGUUGGGGGCUCAGGCGGAUGAGAAGCAACAAGGCCGACAAGGCAGAGGAAUUCGAGAAGGAAAUGAUAUAACAGAAAAGUUACCGGCCAACUACCUUUCCAUGCGCCUAGAAGAAGUAAGACUUCCUGCUGGUAAAAGAAGAGGACAGCCACAAAAGGGCAGCCCAUAA